AUGGAGUCCUCGGAGUACGAUUACUUUGGCGGCACACUUCAUCAGGCUUAUCAUUACAUGGGCGUUGAUGUCAACUUCGGAUUCGGCGAGCCCAGUAGCAACGCCGUUCCAACAUCUAUUGAACCUCACGGCUUCAAUCCUGAAUCUGUCAAUCGCACAAAUCACCCUGCUACUCCCCAGGAUGGCUUCCUGGCUGCAAUGCCCACAUCUUAUUCUCCUCAGCCGCAUCAAUACCCCUGGCUACCAGGCGAUUCUAUCAGCAGUGGCUGUAAUGUGGACUUGGAGGAGAGCUCAAACAGAAGAAGUAGCAGUGCAGAAAGAGACAGUCUCUCUCCUGCGCAGGCGCGGCGUAAAGCACAGAAUCGAGCAGCCCAGCGUGCAUUUCGCGAACGCAAAGAAAGACACGUUCGAGACUUGGAGAUGAAAGUCGGUCAACUUGAAGCCACCGUCUCUUCGUUGCKGUCAGAUAACGAGCGCUUCCGGUCAAUGCUAAGUCUUGCACAAUCGGAAAAUGAGUCGUUUCGGGCAAAAUUUGCCUCGCCGUCCUCAGCAUACAAGUCCAGUUGUCCACUGCAUCGGCUGGCCAAGCAGCAGUCAUCGUUUCAACCACGGAUCACGUCUGUCACGAGUCGACGUCGCUCUGCUACUGCAACCGGCCAACCGCCGAUCAAAACUCCGUUCAAGAAUACGCUGGGCAGCGACGACGAAUCGCUUCCUGCGACUGCACUGUGGAAUCUCUUUCAGAAGCACCCUCUUUAUCUCUCAGGUACGCUCGACAUUGCCAAAGUGUGUGAGCGGCUAAGAGAGAUAGCUGGACAUGAGGAAAUGGGACCCGUAUUGAGCCGAGCGGUCGUCCUUGAGGCAAUAGACGAAGUGGGCAGGAAUGGCAAUGAUACGAAUCGAUGGGCACCUAGCUUGAUCGAUGGGAUUGUUCUCCAGUGA